GAAACAACUUCCAUAAGUGUCACAGAUGCUAGAAGACACGUGAAGCAUAACAGUAACUGAACUCUUGCCAUUAUUCUAGAUUUUUUUUUAAAUACAUUUUUUACGUUUUCUACUUUUUUUGUUUUUGGUUAAGGUUAUAAUAACUGAACUAAACCGUGUAAUUUUGAGGUUAGUGGGCCAGCCUCAUGAAAUUAAUGUUGGACCAAAGUCGGCUUAGGUUUAGGGUAUAUAUUUGAUUCUUUUCAAAGAGGGUAUAGGUCUAAGUUUCUCAUUCUCUACAAUUCCAAUGGCUAUGUUUGUUCUCUACGAAUCAUCCUCCGGCUACGCCCUGUUCGACGUGCAUGGCCUCAAUGAGAUCGGUCAGAACGUUGAGGCUGUUCAAAGCUCAGUUUCCGACCUUGCUCGGUUCGGUCAGGUCGUCAAGCUAACUGCUUUUCACCCUUGGCAGACUGCACAAGAUGCUCUAAACCAAGUCAACGCCGUCUCUGAAGGGUUUAUGAGUGAGGAGCUUAGAAGUUUUCUUGAACUAAAUCUCCCUAAAGCGGAAGAAGGCAAAGAGACUAAGUUUAGCUUAGGAGUAUCUGACCCAAAACUCGGUUCUUGCAUAUCCGAGGCUACUAAGAUUCCUUGUCAGAGCAAUGAGUUUGUCCAAGAGCUUCUUAGAGGUGUUCGUCAGCACUUUGAUAGUUUCAUCAAUGACUUCAAGCCUGGUGGUCUUGAGAAACCUCAAGUUGGAUUAGCUCUUAGCUACAGUAGAGCAAAGGUCAAGUACAAUGUGAACAAAGAGGAUCAUAUGGUUAUUCAAACUAUUUCCUUGCUUGACACGCUUGAUAAAGAUAUCAACUCCUACGCUAUGAGAACCAGAGAAUGGUACUCACCGCACUUCCCUGAGCUUGACAAGAUAGUUAAUUAUGACAAUUACAUGUAUGCACAAGCUUCAAAGAUUAUAGAGGACAAGUCAAAGUUGUCGGAAGAGCAUGUUACAAUACUUACUGAAGUCCUUGGUGAUGAAGAUAAAGCAAGAGAGCUUGUUGAGGCUGGACAAGCAUCUAUGGGUCCUGACUUAUCACCACUAGAUUUGUUACAUGCCCAGACCUUUGCUCAGGGAGUUAUAGACCUAACUGAUUACAGAAAGAAGCUGUAUGACUACCUUGUUGUUAAAGUGAAGGACGUUGCUCCAAACUUGGCUGCAUUGAUUGGUGAGACGGUUGCAGCCAGGUUGAUUUCACACGCGGGAAGUCUUAGGAAUCUUGCAAAGCACCCAUCUUCAACUCUCCAGAUUCUUGGAGCAGAGAGGGCACUUCGCAGGGCGUUGAGAACAGGUGGAAAGACACCAAAGCACGGUCUGAUAGUUCACUCUUCAUUCAUUGGCCGAGCAUCUGCUAGAAACAAGGGACGUAUGGCUCGUUGUCUAGCUGCCAAGUGUUCUAUUGCUGCCAGGGUUGACUAUUUUGGUGAUAGUAGCAGUGCAGAUUUUGGUGAGAAACUUCGUGUAGAAGUAGAGGAAAGGCUAGACUCUUUACAUAAUGUCUAUGCAAUGGAAGAGGUUUUAGAAGAUGAAGAGAUAGUUGAUGCCUCUGGAGAGGAAAUAGACGAAGAAGAAGCAGCUGAUGAUGUUGAAUGAUAGCAUAUGCUACAUUUUCAUUAAUUUUGAUCAAGACAUACAAAAAUUAUAAUAUGGAUGUUGUUGUUGA